UUCUUAUCUAUUCAUUCUAACGGACCGGGUCUGACUUUGAGAGAAGAAUCGCCCUCGGUGACACUGAUAAGGCUUUUUUUUUUUUUGCAGGAUUCCUCACACUCUCCUCACAAUGGUCACACAGACGGUGCUUAUAUUUUCAGUCCUUUUUGGACUGGCUCUAAGUGCCCAUUCCAGCCCUAGUGGGGGAAUGUUGAUUCCAGACAUCGUGAAUCGACUUUGGAUCAACUCGGACAUCAAUGAUGACAGUCACCUGAGUGAAACAGAGUUCUUUAGGGAGUUCAUCGACAACUUCGACCAUGACGGCAGCCGGUCUGUAAGUGAGAACGAGUUUGUACACCAGUGGGGCCAUAAUUACAACGAACACAGAGACGUCACGCUGCACGUGUUCCAACACUUCGAUCUGGACGGAGAUAACAUGCUGAGUCAGGCUGACCUCAGUAGGCUUUUCCACCACAUGGAUUACAACACUGACAAUCAGAUCAGUAAGGCCGAAUUCACUACCCUGAUGGCUUACAUAUUUGGUCGCCUCCCCUAUGACUGAUCUGUCCGAGACGUUAAUUGUACCGAUAAUGGCAAAUAAAUGAUUCCGCACGUUA